AUGUACUGCAAACGCUGUGGAGAUAUAGUGUACAGCGACCGCUGCAAGCGCUGCGGCGGCAGGCCAGUAGAAUCGACAACGGGGGCGGCAGCAGCCCAAGGCGAGCGAAGGGACCCGUGGACAUCCACAUACCUUGAGCGGCGCUUCCACCCGGGCAGCGGCAACCCCGGCGGCAGCGGCAGCAGCCCGUCAGCGAGACCCCUGUCGACAGUGUACCCGCCGGCGCAUGGAAACGAUAACAACCACAUGUAUGGCGAGCCCGGCGGCCUAUACCGCAAGACCGGCUCGCCCAAGUCGGGGUCGCCAGUGGCAAUCAUUCAGGCGGCAGCCGUAGCUGCGUCGAGCGGUGGUGAUAACUGGCGCGAUGGCAUCCCAGUACCUCGGGCGCGUGGUCUGCGUGACUCACCAGCAGCCCGGCCAGCAUCAAUGUACGCUACCAACAAUACACAGCAUUCGCCAGUACAGGUGGUGGCGGCGGCGCAACGGUCAGCGGCUCUAAACGGAAACAAGCCAUACAAUAUCUCGCCUGUGCUGAAUGCAAGCAGCCGGUACUCGCACUACAAGUCGCCGUCGCUCAGUAGUCCAUCGAUGCCAGCAGCAGCACCUAUGUCGGCAUCGCCCUCAUCGUCGCCUAGCAAACAGAUGAAGCCGCGGUGGUCACAGUAUUUUACUAGCACAGCGUCGCCACAAGCAGCAGGCCCUAGUCCAGUGGUCCCCGGAGCGCGCAUGCGUAGCGAGACCAUGCCUGCCCCGUACACACACGAAGAUGCACACAAAGAUUUAACAGGGAUGGAGCGUAGACAUGAGGCGACAGGGAGUGUAUAUCGCCCGUCGCCGCCGCCACAACAGCAGCAGCCCAAAACUAAGCAGCAGACUAUUGCUGCGGCUGCAGGUGUCGAGGCAGCAGGUAUGGCGCAUUCACAGCUGGUUGACCAAAACACGCGCCGGCUCAGCAGCGGGUUCCGGACUGACGAUGGCUCAAGUCACGCAGCAGCGAACCGGGCACCUGCAACCGUUGAGCGGGAAUACCGGAUGCCUACAGCCACAUCGCUAUACGAGUCGCCUGGGCUGAGCUGCAAGACCCCAAUUCUCCCCUCUCCAAUCACGUCGAUGCCAUCGCCACGCCAGACAUCAUCAGCGUUCGACACCAGGCGGCCAGUAAUGUCGUCUCGCGACAACCAAGAGUCUCGUGCAGACAGUGGGGUUGACACGUCUGCCCACACACUGCGAUCGCGGUCUGCAACAUUGCCAGACCAUCAUAUCGAUAUGAGCGAGACACGGACCGUGUACGACGUGCGGGAAGGCACUGCGGGCAGAAGAGCGACGGCAGUUUGCUUCAAAACCUGCCGUGGAUUCUGCGCUGGGUGCCAGAAGAUUGUGCUAACAGGUGGCCGGCCAUGGGUGCAGUAUGGCGACAAGGUCUGGCACAAGCUGUGCAUCCGAUGCCGCUCAUGCAACAAAAUGCUGAUGACACCGCUGGUUGAUUUGGAGGGGCUGCCUAUCUGUGAGCCGUGCUUUACCAAGCAGGAGCCGAACAGCACACCCCGCUUCAUGCCCAAGGACCAAGCGCCACCAGCCAAGCCUGCAUCAUCGUUAGCAGACAUAAGGCCUCGGACGCAGCCAGCAAAUGCACCACAAAUUGGUAUGGCUGGACAGAAAAUCACAAUUCCGCCGCGGCCAAGGAUUGAGCCGCCGAUUCCGUCUGCAAUGGGCGGUGGUAUUGGCGCGACAUCGCCUGUUCCUACUAGCCCGACAUCAUCGACACGUGAGCCCAUUUACCGGGGGUACACAUCGAGUCCUACAGUACGCUCACCGCUGUCACCGACGCCAGCCAAAGUGCCCUCGACUGAAUCAAUCCUGACGCCGGUUCUGACGCAGUAUGACCGGGCACCCAGCCACCAGUCAUUAGGUAAUGGCAUCACAGAUGUGUCAAUGGUGACAGGAAAGUUCAAUGAGAUGGACGCAGGGCAUGAUGUGCUGGAGCGCAUUCUGUCGCCGGAUGAAAUAGCAGAAAAGGAAGGUCUGCCGUUGCCACGGUCGAUCGUUGAUCCAGAUAUCAGUGCGAUCUCGAGGUCCGAGUCAGAGGCCACAGCAGUGUCUCCGACGCCCGGGCCGCGCCCCACGUCAUCUGGCUCGCGUACGUCAUCUCCUCAACAACACAGGUCAUCGCCGACACCGCCAUCAUCAAAGAUUGAUGCCAUCAAGACCAAGCUCAAUUCGGCAAUGUACCCGCAGGAGCCGGCGGUACCGUCCUCGCCACGGUCUUCGUUAAAGAGCCCCAAUGCUCCAACGAGCCGGUCGGCGUCACGGUCAGUUAGCUUCAUGGUCGAUCGGCCUGCACUCCAGCCAUCACAGCUGUCGCGUCAGGGCUAUGAGGAGGAAUGUGAUGAGGAGGAAGAGGAGAGCGAGGAGCGUACGACAUCUGAGGACGAUGAUGGGGAUAAUGAAGUGAGCGACGAGCAGAGUGAUGGAGCAGCAAACGGCGAGUCGGGCGGAUCCAACGGCACGCUACACGAUGAGGCAGAGAACGAAAAGUCGCUAGCCGAUUAUGUGCUGAGCAAGGCGAGCGGCACGCGCAAGGCCAAGAGCACGUUGCCGUCGGUAGCCGAUACGAUCAAAAAGUUCAGCGCCAGCGCGUUCCUAAGUGAGUCGGGCGAUGGCACCGGUACGGCUGGCAGACGCAGCAAGCCGAAGCGACAGCCGACAGUUGACAAGUCACAACUGCCGGAGCUGCGCGAUAUGAUCCGCACGCACCACCGUGAGCCGCCGACCUAA